AUAUGAAACACGGCGAGCAUCUUGCAGCCUUGUCUUCCACAGUCCACAGUAGUCCACAGAGACGAGUCCAAGUGAAGUCAAGUUAACAAAAAUCCAUGGAGUCGGAAAUCUAGAAUAUUAUUAGAUUUUAUAGAUCUAACAUAAAUGUCAAUUCACUGCUGCAAAUGCAAAUGCAAAUGCAAAUGCAAUUGCAAUUGCAAUGAAGAACCCACACCUUCACGUGGGCCCUGCUAUCAGCAGCCAUACCCCACUUCCGCUCUCCUUCGUCUGUCUCCUUCAAACCCCCCAUUCCUUUUUCAGUCUCCUCAACAUUUAUUUGCCUGUUUUUCUUGUGAUUUUCAUUCUUUAUUUCCCAAAUCCACUCUCUUUUUUCUUAAAAUUAAUUUUUUAUUAGUCUUAGGACCAAAUUAUGAUUGGGUUACCCUUUUAACCUUCUUGUUGCAAUUGGAGAAUUUGAGCAUAAGUGGUGAUUACCCUAUACUGUUGUAGAGGAAGAUGUUCUGAAAAGUUUGAGUUACAUGUCUAAAUAAUAAAUUGCUGUCUGGAUACUGGAAGCUUGUUUGUGGAGAAAGGUCAUUAUGCCUGAUAGUUUAUGAUGAAAGUAUACCAGUUUCAUGUUCUAUUCAUCUGGUUGUUGUUUGUGCUAUCGAAUGGCGCGGGUAAUAAUGCAGCAAGACCUGCUGUCAUCAAUAUUGGGGCGCUUUUCGACUUUAACUCUACUAUUGGAAAAGUUGCCAAGAUUGCGGUUCAGGAGGCGGUUGAUGAUAUCAACUCUGAUUCCAGUAUCCUAAAUGGCUCUAAGCUCAAAUUAAUAAUGCGGGAUUCUGUAUGCAGUGGGUUUUUGGGAUUUAUUCAAGCAAUGCAACUGAUGGAGGCAGAAGUGCUGGCAAUCAUAGGCCCACAGUCUUCUGUAGUUGCUCAUAUGGCAAAAUUGAUAGCAAGCGAACUUCAAAUUCCAUUGCUAUCAUUUGCAGCUACUGAUCCGACUCUUACACCUCUAAAUUCUCCCUUUUUUGUCCGAACCACAAUUUGUGAUUAUUAUCAGAUGGCUGCAAUUUCUGAAAUGGUUGAUUAUUAUGGAUGGAGAGAGGUUGUUGCUGUAUUUGAUGAUGAUGAUUAUGGAAGGAAUGGUGUUGCAGCUCUUGAUGAUGCUCUUGCUGAUAAACUUGGCAGAAUCUCAUAUAAAGCUGCAAUUCCACCAAGUACAAAUGUUAGUCGGAGUGAUAUAAUGGAUAUAUUUGUUAAGAUAGCAAUGCUUGAGUCUCGGGUCAUUAUCCUCCAUGUAAAUCCUCAUUCGGGCCGUUUAAUUUUCAACGUGGCCAGUUAUCUGGGGAUGAUAGGCAAUGGGUAUGUUUGGAUAUCCACUGAUUGGCUUUCAUCUCUUAUUGAUUCGUAUUCUCCUCUUCCUUCAGGAAUUAUGAGUUCGAUACAAGGAUUCCUUAUCCUGCGUCCCCAUACUCCAGAUUCUAGUAGAAAGAGAGCCUUUAUCUCAAGGUGGAAAAACAUGGACAUAGAUUCUCUCGGUUUGAAUGCUUUUGCGCUGUAUGCUUAUGAUUCAGUUUCGAUGCUUGCACAUGCAAUUGAUGCAUUUCUAAAUCAAGGUGGAAAUAUCUCAUUUUCUAGCGAUCCUAGAAUGAACUCGUUAAACAGAAGUGACCAGUAUCUUCAAGGAAUGCGCAUAUUUGAUGGAGGACAAGCAUUGUUGAGCAAUAUACUGCAGAGCAAUCUCACGGGAUUGACAGGUCCCCUGAAGUUUAAUGAAGAUAGGUCUCUGGUAGACCCUGCAUAUGAAAUAAUUAAUGUGAUAGGAACUGGAUAUCGGCAGAUUGGAUACUGGUCUAGUUAUUCAGGUUUAUCUACUAUUUCACCAGAGAGUCUGUAUAGCAGACCCCCUAAUCGUUCUAGUGCAAAUCAACACCUAUACCCUGUGUUUUGGCCAGAUGGGUCUACCACAGUACCUCGCGGGUGGGUCUUCCCAAAUAGUGGUACACAAUUAAAAAUAGGGGUUCCUCUUCGAGUCAGUUUCAAGGAGUUUGUUAGUCGGGUGCCUGGAAGUAGGGAUUCGUUCAAGGGAUUUUGUAUUGAUGUAUUUCAAGCUGCUGUGAACUUGCUAUCAUACCCUGUUCCAUACGAGUUUGUUGCCUUUGGGGAUGGUUAUAAAAACCCCAACUACACAGACCUUGUGAAUAUGAUAGCGGCUGGUAACUUCGAUGCUGCAGUUGGUGAUAUUGCUAUUGUGACAAGCAGGACCAGAAUGGUUGAUUUUACACAACCAUUUGCUUCAUCGGGCCUAGUGGUGGUGGCACCUUUCAAGAAGUUAAGUUCAGGACCCUGGGCUUUUCUCCAGCCAUUUUCACCGCUAAUGUGGGGUGUCAUUGUUCUUUCAUUCAUUACAGUUGGUGUGGUUGUGUGGAUAUUAGAACACAGGAUAAAUGAUGAAUUCAGAGGCUCUCCAGCAAGGCAGUGCAUAACCAUUCUAUGGUUCAGCUUUUCAACAUUGACUUUUUCCCACAAGGAAAAUACGCUUAGCUGCCUUGGUCGGAUGGUAGUAAUCAUAUGGCUGUUUGUGGUUCUGAUACUGACCUCAAGCUAUACUGCGAGCUUGACCUCAAUUCUGACGGUGCAACAAUUGUCAUCACCUAUCAAGGGGAUUGACUCGUUGAUAAUUGGUAAUGAACAGAUAGGAUACCAAGCUGGGUCCUUUGCAGAAAUGUACUUGAUAGAGGAACUGAAUAUAUCCAAAUCUAGGCUUGUUGAACUUAAUUCACCUGGAGAAUAUGCUGAGGCUCUUCGAGUUGGUCGUAUUGAUGCUUUGGUUGAUGAACUUCCAUAUGUGGAGCUCUUCCUCUCAAGCCAGUGUGAUUAUAGAAUUGUUGGACCAGAGUUCACCAGAAGUGGCUGGGGUUUUGCAUUUCCGCGGGAUUCUCCCCUAGCCCCUGACAUGUCGACUGCAAUUUUAAAGCUGUCGGAAAACGGGGAUCUGCAGAGAAUACACGACAAGUGGUUGACAACAAGCAGCUGCAGUCAAGAUAAUACAGAAAUUGAAUCAAGCCAACUUCACCUUGGAAGUUUCUUGGGUCUCUUUCUACUUUGUGGUGUAGCUUGUAUUGUUGCUCUUUGUAUAUACUUCACUCGGAUUUGUCAUCGUUUUCAUCGUACUUCAAGAACUCAAGUUGUUUCAGAACUUCAGGGUAGUAAUUCCAACUUGCAACGGCUUCGGACACUCAUAAGUUUAAUUGAUGAGAAAAAAGACAUGUCUCAAACAAGGAAAAAGAGAAGGGAAAGGGAGGAGGAUUCACCAUUUGACGACGACGACAGGGAUGAAGAAUGUGGAAGGAGUGCCAAGAGGAAUCAAUCUCAUAUUUCCAGGGACGACGACACUGACUCAAAUCUGUAAUACUUUAUAUAAAGUACAUUAUUUGGAGAAAACCCAAGUCAAGAAAUCUCCACAAAAUUACUAAACAGUUAACACUAGAUGAGUAGUUCUUCAAUCAUAGAAAUAUUCAUCAGGGGGUUUUUACAAUUUUACCCCCCUUUUCAAUCACUAGAUGCUAUAACUUCAGCAUUCAGUUGUUCCCAAAUUUGUUUUUUGUUUUUGUUCACUUUUUCUGUAAAUGUACAUUGACCAAGUUUGUCUGAGGACAAAUUAUCUUUCACCCUAAAUUUGUCUAAUUUAACAUCUGUUGAUCUCA